UCAGGUUGUGUAAACACGUGUAGAGUCGUAGAUGUUAUUAAAAGGAUCUACUAAGAUAUAUAAUUUGAACGAAAACACACAGAAAGUACAUGUAGGAUUAAAAAUCGAUACUUUGGAGAUUAAAACUUUACAAGUGCGAAUAAGAUACAUCGCAAAUGAAUAAGUUUUUGGACACGAUUAUUUUGGUUUAUCUUGUGGUUGUUUUGGGUUUAGUUCGGUCAAGCAUCAACAUACCAGGACCAAGGUCGUACAAUGAUAAAAUAGCAAUCAUCGGUGCCGGUCCUUCAGGUGUACAUAUGGCUUAUUUACUCAAACAAAAAGGAUUCAGAAAUAUUCAUAUUUUAGAGAAGACAUCGAGAAUUGGAGGAAAAUCGCAAACUUUGUAUUACAGGGGAGCUCCUCAGGAACUUGGUACGGUGUACAUAUCGCCUGAUUACGAAGAAAAUAUUGUCAAACUUGUCAACAAAUAUAUUCCAGGAGAUUUAGUAAACUUGCCCUCUGCUUCCAUUUGGUUGGGUAAUGAAGAACCAAUCACAUAUCAGCAAUACAUAAUACAAUUCGGAAGAGAAUUCUUACGCACGGAUGACAAAAUAAUUAUUUUAAAAACUUUUGUUCGAACUCUUCGCAGAUAUAUAACACUUCAUCGAAAUUUAUUUGGUGAAUAUGAAGGAGAGUUGUUUCCCGAACCUUCCCAGCAGACUAUGAAGCUUAUUGGUGGAACAUUCAAAGAAUUCUUAGAGAGAAACAAUAUGUUAAUUUUAACUCCCAUCUUCGAAGCUUCUACAACUGUACAGGGAUACGGAAACAUCCACAGUACCGCUGCUUUGUACGGUCUGUUGUGGAACACACCUAAGUUCAUGAAUGGAUUUUUGGAAAGAUUGAAAGGAAGUCAAAAUAGCACAGGAAAUUAUAUGCUGAAGAGUGGAUUUCAAAUUCUUUGGGAAACAAUGGCAAAAAAAGAAAGACUUCACGUCAAGUUUAAUGUUGAUAUUGUGAGGGUGUACAGAAAUUAUAAAAACGGGUGUCAAUCCGUGUGGCUGUGUAUGAGAGAAGGGGGUUCACCGUUUGCGUGGAAAAACUAUGAUUUUUUAAUAUGGAGUCCAGAAAUGAAAAGAAGCUUACGUUACUGGAUGAAUUACGUUCCAAAAGAGAAGAAACUCUUCAAUGCGGCUCGACCGACGUAUUUUACAGCUUCUAUUGUUAAUUCUAAGAAUGAAAUUCGUGGUCAAACUCCCAUUGAUUAUUGGAUAGACAACAUGCAUGAAGAUUAUCCGCACAGUGUGUGGGCACAAAGAGACUCUUAUUCGUCAAUUCGCCAAUAUGGCGGGCCAAAAUAUCAAAAUGGUAAACUUCCUUCUGGUAAUGAUAACAGGUCGGCAAGAACAUGUGUCGUUUAUCAGAUGGGAAGUUUUGAGCCAACACUUUUUUCUGUACAAAAUAAACUCUUAAGUCACUUAAAGAAAAUAAACGGAACAAACAUUGAAAUAUUAAAAACAAAAAUAUGGCGAUAUUUUCCGAGAUAUUCGCCAAGAGACAUGACAAAAGGGUAUUUAUGGAGAAUACUUGAGUUGCAGGGAAAAUAUAGCAUGUGGUAUAUAGGUUCGUCAGUCUGUUUCGAAAGUGUAAAAUCUGUGAUUGAGUAUAACGAACUUCUAGUCAGAAAUAUGCAACAACCGUCGGAAAGAACUUUGUAACUAUUAGCAGAUAGGAAACAAUGUAAAAUGACGCAAAAUUUCUUAAAAUUAUUUAGACAUCAAAA